UCUCGGGACUCGGCAUUGAAGCCACAGAAAAAAAACAAUCGUCUGCACACAUCCGGACACAAUAUGGCGAACAGUAUGAGAGGUUUCCAGAUUUGCAGAGGUUGCUGUUCCAUUUUUCGUAAAAGUCUGUCAUUGACUUCGUGCAAAAAUUAUCAUGCAACAUCCAAGGCACUACUGUUACGUUCACAAGUACCCACAGUUUCUCUCACAAAGGUACGGUGUUGUUACAAUGAUGGUGUUAAGGAACAACCUUGGAGACCUAUUGCACAAACCACUAUUGAUGAGGAGGAGCAUGAGAAAUUCCAGAUGCUCUCAAGCCUCUGGUGGAAUGAAUUGGGUGAAUUUCAAGCUCUUCAUACAAUGAAUGAGUUGAGGGUGCCAAUGAUCAGAGAUGCACUUGCAGGAGAAACAUUAAUGUCAACAGCAUUACCCCUGAAGAACAUGCAGAUUCUAGAUGCAGGAUGUGGUGGGGGCUUAUUGACAGAGCCACUGGCCAGGCUGGGUGCCCAGAUGAUAGGAGUGGACAUGGUACAAGACAAUAUCAAGACAGCCCAGGCACACCUGGUGGAUGAACCGUCCAUUAGGGGACGUGUCAAGUACAUACAGGCCACUGUCGAGGAUCUAGUCGGGUCAGAGGAGGGCAAGUUUGAUGCUGUUGUAGCUUCAGAAGUUGUUGAGCAUGUUGGAGACCUCCAAUCAUUUUUGUCUUCCUGUUGUUCACUGUUAAAGCCUGGUGGAUCUCUCUUUAUCACCACAAUUAACAAGACUCAGCUGUCAAGAGGACUGGCUGUAUUUGCAGCAGAAAAGCUCCUACGUUUGGUACCAGAUGGCACUCAUGACUGGGAUAAGUUUGUGUCCCCAGAUGAUCUACAGUAUCUACUAGAAAAUAAUGGCCUGGCCACACAUCUGAUUCAUGGGCUCUUGUACAACCCUCUAACAUGUAGAUGGAGCUGGGUGAAGGACACCAGUAUGAACUAUGCAUUGCAUGCUGUAAAGGAAGAUAACUCAUUAAGUGAUGUUGAUAACAGCCAAACAGUUCCCGAGGAAAGUUUUGAAGAGAAAGAUUAAUGGGAUGAUUGAAAACGAUGAGCUGAAGUCUUAAAGCCAAGUAUGAUUCCUUUGAAGUGGACAAAAUCAUGGUUACAUACACAUGGGGAUGAAUCUGUGCUGUUUUUAGACAUCUUGUCCUUCUCAGAUGUGGAUCAAUCAGUAAUAAUACCUAGAUUUACAUUACUGAGAACUACUUUAUACAUGUAAUUUCCCCAUGGAAAGUGUUUAUUCUCAAACACAUACAAUACUUUGUGAACAUUUUCAUGUUAUGAUAUCCUGUUGACAGGAUUACUUGAUACCAAAUAGAAUUAAAAUUGUAAGCUGACAAAGUCA